AAUGAAAGAAGAAGACCAAGAAAACAAAGCGGACUGUGAAGAAGCAUGCCACCUCAGGAGACCAAGAAUCUUCAAGAUGGCGCCGGUGAGGUCGGCUGCCGUCACGACUGCUCCGACCACCUUUUCUUUGUUUUUGUUCUUUAAGUUAGUUUUUACCGUUUUUUUAAAACCAGUCAAAUUACCACCAUGGAGCACAUUAGGUAUGAUAGAGACACUCUUGUUUCUAUUGGUAUACAAUGUACUUACAAUUCGACGUUUUUAACUCCGGAUCCGAGCUGGCCGAGUGAGAUCCUGAGGGAAAACAAAGGACGCGACGCGAAGCGGCGGCCUCGAGGCAAACGAGCCGGCGUCAUUAACAGGCUGAGAGCCCGUGCACACCGCACACCUCUGCCUAGCAUCCUGCUCGCCAACGUCCAGUCACUGGAGAACAAGCUCGAUGACCUCAGGGCCAGGAUAAAGUUCCAGAGAGACAUUCGGGACUGCAAUCUCCUCUGCUUCACCGAGACAUGGCUGAACCCAGCGGUGCCGGACCACGCCAUCCAGCCGGCCGAGUUCUUCUCGGUUCACCGCAUGGACAGGACACGGGACUCGGGGAAGUCAAGUGGAGGCGGCGUGUGUUUAAUGGUGAACAGCAGCUGGUGCAACAGCGCGAGCGUUAUUCCUCUCACACGCUCCUGCACACCAAAUCUGGAGCUACUGUCCAUCAUGUGUCGUCCUUUUUACCUUCCUCGGGAGUUUACAUCGGUCAUAAUCAGUGCCGUUUAUAUUCCACCACAAGCGGACAUGGACACUGCCUUAUGCGAGCUGCAUGAGGCACUCACACAGCACCAAACACAACACCGGGACGCUGCGCUUAUUGUGGCGGGGGACUUUAAUAGUGCCAACCUCAAACGCGCAGCGCCGGACUUUUAUCAGCAUAUCACCUGCCCCACCAGGGGCGAAAGGACACUGGAUCAUUGCUACACCACAGUCAAGGACGGCUACAAGGCACAAUCUCGCCCUCCGUUGGGUAAAUCCGACCACGCCGCCAUCUUCCUCAUGCCAAAAUACAAACAAAGGCUGAAACAGGAAGUUCCGGUUCAGAGGGAGGUCGCGCGCUGGACGGACCAAUCGAUGGCCGCGUUACAGGACGCACUCGAUGACGCAGACUGGGACAUGUUCAGAAACAGCUCCGAUGGUGACGUCAGCGUGUUUACGGAAGCGGUUGUGGGAUUCAUUGGGAAACUAGCGGAUGAUACCGUGGAAAAAAAGACUAUUAAAACGUUUCCCAACCAGAAGCCGUGGGUGGAUAAAACCAUCCGCGACGCUCUGAAAUCUCGCACCGCUGCCUACAACACGGGACUCACGUCGGGGGACAUGGAACCGUACAAGGCUGCGUCAUACAGCGUCCGGAAGGCGGUGAAAGAGGCGAAGCAGCGCUACGGGAGGAAACUAGAGUCACAACUCCAACAGAGUGACUCUAGGAGCCUGUGGCAGGGAUUAAGGACAAUUACUGACUAUAAAGCACCAACAUCCGUUAUGAUAAACGUAGACGUGACUCUGGCAGAUGAGCUGAACACUUUCUAUGCUCGCUUCAAGGCUGCAGCUAAAGAAGCUAGCGAUGCUAAUGCUAGCGGCGCUAAGGGCUGCAGACAGGUAGUCACUGCCAGCACCGGAAGCGCGUUCAUCAUCACAGAGCAUGACGUGAGGAGAGCCUUCAAGAGAGUGAACACCAGGAAAGCAGCAGGACCAGACGGCAUCUCAGGCCGUAUUCUUAGAGCCUGCGCAGACCAGCUAGCACCUGUGUUCACUGAGAUAUUCAACAUCUCUUUAUCUCAGUCGGUGAUCCCCACAUGCUUCAAAAAAGAAACUGCAGGAGAAUGUUCCGGCGUCUCCAUCAGCAAGCUCAAGCCCACCACUCAACCUUCAGAAAGUUAGGAAUAAAGUAGCGGAAUAGUGUUUAGGUAAAUCUCAAAUGUUUUAAUAUAGUUUUUUGUUCCAUUAGACACUAAGCAACUCCAGGAGUUGCAGACUUUGGACAAACUUGUUGGACAUCCACCACAAGAGUAAAUUGAUGUAGCCGAUGAGAAAGAUCUUUUCCUGGCUUUGGCUUGUUCUUGUAGCCCUUACACACAGCAAGCAACCAGUUUUUCCUUUUUUGACUGAUUCAUUUCACUGGAAGAUUGUCACUUUGUGUAACUCCUGUAUAAAUCAUACUUUAAGUUCAUCAGUGUGACACUUAAUAUCUUUGUCAGGUUGUGUAACAUUUUGUAUCAUUUAGUGUCUUGAUUUGCUGAAAGUUGAUUUGUCUGGAGCAGUUUUACACAGAUAACGUGUUAAAAUCAAAACCAGCUUUAUCUUGUAAUAAAUCAACACUAUUAUCGCAACCUAUAAUUUAAGUAAUGCUGUCAGUGUUUUAAGAAGAAGAGUUUAUGACAGAUUUAAAGCCGUGUGUGUGUUGUAUAACAGAAUAACAGUUUUCUCGAACUCUUGCUGUUUAUAGAUGUUUACAUCAUGACAGCUUGUAUCAUGUGCUAAUUUUACUAGAUUAUGACACUGUGUAAAAGUCUUAGGCACCCUGUGUUUAUAUAUAUGUUUAUGUUAUGACUCAAUUAUUAAGUCAGUACAAAGGAACAUUUCUGAUUUCCAAACAUUAGUAUUCCAGUAAAAAAAAAAAAUAAUAAUAAUCUUACAGGAAAAAUAAAAAGUAGUGUAAUACUGUAUUCUCUCACAGUAUUCACGGUAUCUCAUGGCAUGGUCUCAA